AUGGCCGAGAACCCCCCUGCGGCCAACACCGCGUCUACGGACACCGGGCCCUCGAGCUCGCCGCGCGUAGAUCCGGUGCUGCAGCCCGACAAUCAGCACCACCAUGCGCACCACCACCACACAGCCUUCGCAGAGAAAGGCCGGGAGGACGAGAUGAUCUUUUCAACAGACACCUCGUUCGAGAAGGGCAUCGUCUCCGAACCUACGCCCCUUGACCACGGCAGUCAAAGCCACAGCCAGGCCGAGAAGGAUGAAGAAAACGGAGCGAACGAUCCCGCACCGCGUCCGUGGCACCGACGCAUGCUCAAGCACUGGAGGCACGCAAUGCACGCCGUGAUCUGGCUCCUGUUUACCGGCUGGUGGAUUGCCGGCCUCAUCCUGCACCGGUAUGAUCUGGGCUGGCUGAUCCCCUUCCUGCUGUACCUGGCCAUUACCCUGCGGAUUCUCUUCUUCUACAUCCCGAUCACCAUCGUCACCAGACCCGCGUAUUUCAUCUGGAAUAAGACCGCCACCCCAUUCGUGAACAUUAUUCCCCAGAAGCUACGCACUCCCCUUGGAGCUCUCCUCUGCAUCGCUGUGAUCAUCAUCGGCUCCUUCGCCUCCCCCGAGUCUGCGGACAAUACGCGUGCAAACCGCGCAGUCAGCCUAUUCGGCCUACUCGUGUUCCUCUUCGUGCUGUGGUUGUCGUCGCGAGACCGCAAGAAGAUCGUGUGGCAGACGGUGAUCGUAGGCAUGCUGGUGCAGUUUAUCAUUGCGCUGUUUGUACUGCGCACGAAGGCCGGAUAUGAUAUCUUUAAUUUCAUUUCUUACCUUGCGCGCGCACUGCUCGGCUUUGCAUCGGACGGUGUGAUCUUCCUUACCGCUGAGAACUUCUACACCAUGAAAACGCCAUUUUCCCCGGCGACAUGGUUCCUUAUUGGAGUGUGUCCAGCAAUUAUCUUCUUCGUGUCGUUUGUCCAGCUGCUGUACUACACGGGCGUAUUGCAAUGGUUCAUCCAGAAAUUCGCCGUGUUCUUCUUCUGGUCCAUGCGGGUUUCGGGUGCCGAGGCGGUUGUGGCUGCUGCGUCGCCCUUCAUUGGACAAGGCGAGUCGGCAAUGCUGAUUCGGCCGUUCGUGGCGCAUCUCACCAUGGCCGAGCUGCACCAGGUGAUGUGCUCGGGUUUCGCGACUAUCGCCGGGAGUGUGUUGAUCGCUUAUAUCCAGAUGGGCCUCAAUGCUCAAGCCCUGGUGUCUUCGUGCGUCAUGAGUAUUCCUGCAUCGCUGGCGUGCUCGAAGCUGCGCUGGCCGGAGAAGGAAGAGAGUUUAACAGCUGGUCGUGUUGUCGUUCCUGAUAAUGAGGAGCACCGCGCUACUAAUGCUCUGCAUGCCUUCGCCACCGGUGCUUGGCUUGGUCUCAAGAUCGCCGCCAUGAUCACUUGCACUCUGCUUUGCAUUAUUUCGCUGAUCGGUCUGGCAAACGGCCUGCUUACCUGGUGGGGCCAUUACUUGAAUAUCAAUGACCCACCCUUGACUCUCGAGCUCAUUGUCGGCUACAUCUGCUACCCGAUUGCGUUUUUGCUCGGCGUCUCGCGCGACGGAGAUCUACUCAAGGUUGGCCAGCUGAUUGGUCUCAAAUUGGUCGCGAACGAAUUUGUGGCCUACGAUGCCCUCCAGAACAACGAGGCUUAUGCCGGCCUUUCCGACCGCUCGCGCCUGAUUGCCACUUAUGCUCUCUGUGGGUUUGCCAACAUCGGGUCGCUGGGUAACCAGAUCGGUGUCCUGGCUCAGAUCUCGCCUGGUCGUAGUGCCGACGUUUCCCGUGUUGCCGUCAGCGCGAUGCUCACGGGUGCGAUCAGUACCUUCACCAGUGCGACGAUUGCGGGUCUACUCAUUACGAACGAGAAGCAAUAUUUCGGCUCAUCCUAA